CGGCAUGUGCGAGAACCGGUGCAAGAGGAUGGCGGACAGGGAGAAGCGGCACGUCCUGUUCGACCACAUCCAGACCGUCUUCGUCACCCAGUCCUUCCAAGACAACUACACUGUGACAUCGAAAGAGUUGGGCAGAGGCAAAUUUGCUGUAGUGAAAAAAUGUGUGGAAAAAGCGAGUGGGAAAGAAUACGCAGCUAAGUUUCUGAAGAAACGACGCCGUGGCCUAGAUUGUACAUCUGAUAUCAUUCAUGAAAUCGCAAUACUUGAAAUGGCCAAGUCAAAUCCACAUGUAAUAGAUCUGUAUGAAGUGUAUGAAACGAUUCAUGAAAUCAUCCUUGUAUUAGAAUAUGCUGCAGGAGGAGAAAUCUUUAAUCUUUGUGUAGCUGACCGCGAUGAAGCUCCCACAGAAAAGGAAGUGAUCAGGCUCCUUCAACAGACUCUUGAAGGAGUAGCUUUCCUACACCGAAACCACAUUGUGCACCUCGACUUAAAGCCUCAGAAUAUCUUACUAACUAACUCAUUACCAUUGGGUGACAUAAAGAUAGUUGAUUUUGGCUUGUCCAGGAGAGUUGGCAGUGUUGGCGAAUUAAGGGAAAUCACAGGAACACCAGAGUAUAUUGCCCCUGAAAUCUUGAACUAUGAACCAAUCUCCACUGAAACAGACAUGUGGAGCAUCGGAGUACUGGUCUACAUGAUGCUGACAGGAGAGUCGCCAUUUCAGGGAGAAGAUAAACAAGAAACUUUCCUUAAUAUCUCUCAAAUUAAUGUUGAUUAUUCAGAUGAGAUAUUUGAAGGUGUCUCUAAAACUGCAGUUGAAUUUAUUCAACAGCUUCUUGUCAAAAAACCUGAGGAUCGAUUAAAUGCUGAAGCAUGCCUUUUUCAUCCUUGGCUGCGAACAGAGGAGUUGAUGACUAACCCUGUAGCAGAGAUUACUCCAUGUGUUUCACAGAUGAGGAUGCAGUACAGUAGAUCUUCAGACGAGAAGAAUCCUGUUCUCUCACCCACGUUUGGGAUAGGCAGAAAUUUGAAAAAAGUAAAUAUUUCUGAAGAAUCGGCUGUUGUUCCCAAACGAUUCCGGUUUGAUGAAUCGUGCAAAAGUUGCCAUGAAAUUACAGAGAAUUGGUAUUCUGAAAGUGGUGUAUAGAUAGUUACACUUUAGAAAAAAAAACAUUUCCAUUUUUACAAUGGUCUUAACACUUUAUAAAAGUGAUCCUUGUGUAUGUAACAUGGGUGCAGAUGCCUCCAUUGUAAAUUCCAUCUGUGGAUCUUUGGGCACUGACUUAUUGGCACUUUCAAACUUUCGUAACUGCUGCCCUGUACGUUUUCAAAAUCUAUUUGCACUAAGCCGAUUUAUAGCUGAAACAUAGACAAUGCUCUUUUAAUAAAAUGAGCUAAAACUUGUGGCUAUACUUGGGAUAAUGAGGACCAAUGAAAGUAGUGCUUUGAAAGUUAAAUGUUAACUUGAUUCAUUGUGCUUUAAAUAAUUCAAACAGUACCUAGGUAUCAACAGUACCUGGAGUCUUUUCAUGUAUGGGAGAGAUGUGACCAAGGGCAGUGACUAGCAGUAACAAUCUUGAAUUACAAAUAUAGUUAUUCAAAAAUUUUCUGAUUCAAUAGCAGAAUAGAAGAGGUAAUUUUUGAAUACAUUAAUUUAGAAAUUGUUUUAAUAUAUCUUUAGAUGGUUGAUUUCAGUAUUUAUAUUGCAAUUUAGUGUUGCUGAUGAAAGAUUAAGCACUUCAUACCAGCAGAAUUUGGUGUAAAAUGCAAUGAAUCCUUGCAGGGAAAUUUGUUUUUGUGCUGCACAUUAUUGCUCAUAAUGUAAACUUGCAUAAAACAUCACAGAAAUAAAUUAUAAAGAAAGUUAUUUAACCAGUUCAACGACUAAGGUUUUUGGACUUGUCAGCUCAAAAUUUCAAAUCUGUUGUAAUGAAUAGGAGAAAUUAUCUGGGCUGACAUUAGCAGUUGACAAGCCCUGGCAUCCAUAUUGAUUUUUUGCAAAAAACUGAGUUGCAUGUGUAAAUUCCAUUCAUUAAAUGGAAGGAAUAGAUGUCCUUGUUGAAAAUAUUUUGAACUUUUUUACAUUUUAUUUACAUUUGAUUUUGACAUUAUUUUUAUCUUCAGUACUAUGAAAGUAUUUCAGUUUCUUGAAGUAAAGGACAUUUUGAAGUAAUCUAUCACAUGUGAUUAAAAUAAAAUUAUUUGAAAAUAUAACUUUUAUAUUCAUAAAUGGAGUUUUCAAUUAGUUUACGGAAAUUAGAGCUUUCUGUUUUUAAAUAUCCUAUUCAGCACUUAAUAUAACCAUCCAGGAAGCCAAAAUUGCAGCUUAAAGUGCAGAAUAGCUGGGUGAAGACUUUUUUUAUAAAAUGGAUGUUAUUAUAAGCCACAAUUUCUGUAACCGUAUGAAGAUUUAUUUUCUUAAUUCAAAAUGAAAAUUUUACAGUUCACACUUGUUUUGUAGCGUGGUAAUUAAAUCUGGUGUUUAAGUAUUGC